UUAGUGGUCCGACAGUCACACGAAGGAAAGAAAAGUAGGUCAGAGACUGAUUCCGUUUAUGUCAUAGUUCCUCACGGACCGGACGUCAAAAAACCGAAAUAAACUGUGAUGUUGAGCUCUUCCUCGGGAUCUGGCCACAGGUGAAAGGACAUGCAUUGAUCACAGCUACUUGACUGAAUCUAUGCGGAUGAUCUAAUGGCAGACCAAAGAAUGGAUAUCUCCUCAACGAUGAAUGAGUUCAUGUCCCAGAGCUCUGCAGAUUUGAUCAGCAGUUCCAUUGGCACCACGGGCAUGGACUACACCCGCAAGAGGAAGGGCAGCACCACUGAAUACCAGAUUGAUGGCUUUUCAUUUGACGAUAGCAUGGACACAGAUAAAGACAAGACACUAGGAAGGGAUGAACAGCAGGGCAGGAUAAAAAAUGCCAGGGAGGCACACAGUCAAAUAGAGAAGAGAAGGAGGGAUAAAAUGAACAGUUUUAUAGACGAGUUGGCAUCGUUGGUCCCCACAUGUAACGCCAUGUCUCGCAAGUUGGACAAACUCACAGUGCUUCGCAUGGCUGUCCAACACAUGAAGACAUUACGAGGGGCCACCAACCCAUACACAGAAGCCAACUAUAAACCAGCAUUCUUGUCGGAUGAUGAACUAAAACACUUGAUUUUAAGGGCUGCUGAUGGUUUCCUCUUCGUAGUUGGUUGCGAUCGUGGAAAAAUCCUCUUCGUCUCAGAGUCUGUUUAUAAAAUUCUCAAUUACACUCAGAACGAUCUGAUUGGCCAGAGUUUGUUCGACUACCUGCAUCCAAAAGACAUUGCCAAAGUAAAAGAGCAGCUGUCAUCAUCAGACACGGCUCCACGAGAGAGACUCAUCGAUGCCAAAACUGGUCUGCCGGUGAAAACUGACAUCACUCCUGGCCCCUCCAGACUGUGUUCAGGUGCCCGCAGGUCUUUCUUCUGCAGAAUGAAAUGCAAUCGGCCAUCUGUCAAGAUGGAGGACAAAGACUUCCCUUCUAAUUGCUCUAAAAAGAAAGCAGACCGUAAGAGCUUUUGCACUAUCCACAGCACAGGGUAUCUGAAAAGCUGGCCGCCCACCAAGAUGGGCUUAGACGAGGACAACGAACCCGAUAAUGAGGGCUGCAACCUCAGCUGUUUAGUGGCCAUCGGUCGCCUGCAUCCACAUAUCGUCCCUCAGCCGAUGAACGGCGACAUCCGUGUCAAACCCACUGAAUACGUCUCACGCCACGCCAUCGACGGAAAGUUUGUGUUCGUAGACCAGAGGGCGACAGCCAUCUUGGCGUACUUACCACAGGAGCUUUUAGGAACGUCGUUUUAUGAGUAUUUUCAUCAGGAUGAUAUCGGUCACCUUGCAGAGUGUCACAGACAAGUGCUACAGAUGCGAGAAAAGAUUAGUACAAACUGUUACAAAUUCAAGAUUAAAGACGGUUCGUUCAUCACUCUGAGGAGCCGCUGGUUCAGCUUCAUGAACCCCUGGACCAAAGAGGUGGAAUAUAUAGUCUCUACAAACACUGUGGUUUCGGGCAGUAUGCUUGAAGGAGCAGAUCCUAGUUAUUCUCAGACAGCCUCGUCUCCUCAGAGCAUGGACAGUGUUUUAACAUCAGGAGAUGGCGGAGGGAAACGGCCUCUUCAGAUUGUUCCUGGUAUUCCUGGAGGAACGAGAGCUGGGGCAGGAAAGAUUGGACGGAUGAUCGCAGAGGAAGUGAUGGAGAUCCAGAGAAUCAGAGGCUCCUCCCCUUCCAGCUGUGGCUCCAGUCCUUUAAACAUCACUGCCACGCCCCCGCCGGACACCUGCUCUCCUGGGGGAAAGAAGAUUCAGAAUGGUGGAACUCCAGAUCUACCUUCAGCAGGAAUUGUGUCUGGGCCUGAUUCAAUAGGAUACCCCUAUUCAAAUAAUUCAUUAAUGAGUGACAACUCUCAUCUGAGCAUCGACAUCAUGGAGGAGCCUGGAUCCAGCAGCCCCAGUAAUGAUGAAGCAGCGAUGGCCGUCAUCAUGAGUCUCCUGGAGGCAGACGCAGGCCUCGGGGGCCCCGUGGACUUCAGUGACCUGCCCUGGCCUUUGUGAAGCCACGGAUCAUGGAGAUCAUGGCAAGGCAAACGGGAGCCAACUGCACAUGUCCUGCCGAAUGGAGAUGUCGAGACGGAUUAUUCCUGUGGUGCCCAUCAGCAAACAGCGCUCUAUUUCUAUACAUAUAUAAAUAUACAUUGUGUUUUAAUGUUUUUACACUACAAACAGUUGUUGAUGUUCAAAUAUUCUAUAUGCAGAUUGUAACUAAUAUUGUAAUUCUAUUAUGUAAGAUUUCUUUAUGCAAAAAUAUAUAUGGUAAAAGUGUAAACGUAUCAGCAGUGGAUAUUUUUCAAAUAAAAUA